GGCGGAAAAUGAAGGUCACGUGGCGGCAGUCGAAGCGCCCAGAAGCGUCGCGGGGAGCCACUCGGCCGGUCCGGCCCUUUCUCGCAACUUCCAGGCUGCCACUACCGCUGCCUCAGGCACCUUCCAGAGUCAUCUAGAGCCAUCCACUGCAUCACCAUCCAUGGAUCAUCCAGAUCGUCCAUUCUGGCAGCCAAAGGUAUAAAGCCACCCUCGACACCCGGUCAAGUUAGUCUUCCUCAGAUCAGAAUCAAUCAAGCAUACAAACGAGAAUCACAACUUCUCUAAAGCCUCUACCUACAAUCACAAACCACUUUGCACUCUUCUACCACAACUCUUUCUACUACAAAACACCACUAUCAACCCAACAAUCACCAUGUCUCUCUUCCGCAGCAUCCCUUCUGGUACUGAAUUUGGUCCUCUCUUCCGUCUUCUGGACGACUACGACCUCCACCGUUCCGGCCAGAGCGCCAGCUCCUCUGCUACCACCCGCUCCUUCGCUCCUCGCUUCGACGUCCGCGAGACCGCGGAGGGCUACCACCUCGAUGGCGAGCUGCCCGGCAUCGCCCAGAAGGACAUCGACAUCGAGUUCUCCGACCCACAGACUCUCGUGAUCAAGGGUCGCACCGAGCGCGAGUACCACAACUUCGACGAGAACGAGGAAGCCCAGCAGGACAACAAGUCGGAGUCCGCCACCCCGGACAACAACAAGGCCGAGAGCAGCACUGAGGUCGCCAAGACUGGCGACAAGCAGGUCGGCAAGCACAAGGCCAAGCCUCACUUCUGGGUCAGCGAGCGCUCCAUCGGCGAGUUCCACCGCACCUUCAGCUUCCCCACCCGCGUCGACCAGGACAGCGUCAAGGCCAGCCUCAAGAACGGCAUCCUCUCCAUCUUCGUGCCCAAGGCUGCCAAGCCCAGCUCUAAGAAGAUCACCAUCGAGUAAAUGGGCUCGCCUCCACCGACCAAAUUGGCAAUCUUUGCUGUGAUGUGAUGAGACGACAAUUUUAGCAUAGCGACUGCGAUUCUCUCUGCUUGGGUUGCACCUGACUUGCGAUUUGUUUCCUUCUUGAGCUGGUUGAUUGAGGGGAUGAUUGCACGUUCCUUGAAGUUGAGCCUGUUGUUGAG